GCAAAAAGUGGGAGGUUCAGUUUCUACUUUGGGUGUCCGGAUGUGUGUGUGUCAAGUGCAUUUGUGUGAGUGAGACACCCACAUCGCCUGGAGCGACAGAAGGAGAGAGAAACCAAGCAGAGGAGAGACUAGGCAUCCAACUUCAGGCAGCAGAGAGCGAGGAAGAGGACGGCUUGAAGGUGCUGGGCAUCCCAGGGGGAACGCUGGGGAAGAAGAUGCUUCCCACACUGCCAGUUUUGGCCAGGAUGAGCCAGUAGAGAGAGAGAGAGAGAGACCCCCUCCGCAUGCUUCAUGGUGUUCCAGCCCUCAUUUUUGCCUCUGCGGUUUUUCAGGAGGAAGAUGAAAGGCUCUCGGUGCAUCACAGUGGCCAUGGCGCUGGUGACGCUGGUAGCCCUCAAGGCCUACAUCGAGUGGAACGCUGACGAGAGGUUCCUCAACCCUCGUGGAACAGAUUGGCAGAGCAGCCCGCCUGCCCAGCCUCACACUGCGGAACCGCUGGAGUUCCUGGCAGAGCGCUCCAACGCCUCCUUGCAGGCGCUGCGCCAGACCCUUCCCCGGGCAAAGGCCUACUGGAACACCAAGCAGCACCAGCUCUUCCGGGCCCUGGAGAGUGGACAGGGGAACGUCUCCUGGCAAGAAUGUGAAGGGCCCGGAACGGAGGAACGAGUGGCCAAGAUCAGAGAUUUUGAGACCUACACGGAGCUCUACAGGAACUUCAUUCUAUACGACGGAUGCCGGGACUUCCCGCUCUUGAUCAACCAGCCGCACAAGUGCACCGGCAGCAAAAACCGCACUUUCCUGCUCUUUGCCAUCAAAUCUCUGCCCGAGAACUUUGCCGCCCGCCAGGCUGUGCGGGACACCUGGGGACAGGAGGGGGAGCCUGGCGGGCUACCAGUACGCACAGUGUUCUUGCUGGGCUCAGCCCUGGACCGCCACGGGCCCAGACUGCAGCAGCUGGUGGAGUUUGAGAGCCAGACUUUUGGCGACAUCUUGAUGUGGGACUUUGAGGACACCUUCUUCAACCUGACACUGAAGGACUUCCUCUUCCUCAACUGGACUCUGGAGCAUUGCCGCGACGUCCGCUUCAUCCUCAAGGGGGACGAUGACGUUUUUAUCAACACGCCCAAGGUCUUGGAUUAUCUGGGCUCCGUGGAUGCCCGCAGGCUGCUCUACAUGGGCCAGGUGAUGGCCAAUGCCUCACCGUUCCGGGUCCGCAGAAGCAAAUACUAUGUCCCGGAGUCCUUCUAUGUGGGGCCUUACCCGGCCUAUGCGGGUGGCGGCGGCUACAUCUUUUCAGGGCCCUUGGUCCGGUGGCUUCUUCACAUCUCGCAGCACAUUGCCUUCUACCCCAUUGACGACGUUUACACGGGGCUGUGUUUCCAAGCCCUGGGUGUUCGGCCCGAGGCUCACCCUGGUUUCCAGACCUUUGAUAUUGCAGAGAAGGAUCGCAGCGACCCUUGUGUGCACAGCAGGCUUCUCUUGGUGCACCGGCGUAGUCCCCAACAGACCCUCCAGCUCUGGAGACAAAUCAGGGACCCAGAUCUCGAGUGUUGAGGGGAAUGAGAAACAAUCUGUUUGGGGCAUUUCCUGUGGAGGGUGGCAAGACAGAGAGAGAUGGGACCAGAACAUGGUUUGUGUCACCGCUGAGAUGUUGUUGGACACGGGUGCCCCCUGCAUGUGGAGUUAAAGGGAGUGUUGCCUCUUUGUAAGCAUGCAGACGCACAGUGCUUCUGAAGUAUGUGCCAUCAAACAGAGGUUUGGCAGCCAUUUGUCAGGGAUGCUGUGGCGUUUGCUGCAGAGCAGGGGGUUGGACGAGACCUUGAAGGUCCCUUCCAACUUGAAGGAUCUAGGAUUCUGAGCACCAGAUGCUGGGGACAGAGGGAGGCCAUCCCCUUCACACUCUACUUGUGAGCUUCCCAGAGGCAUCUGGGUGGUGGCCGUUGUCAGAAACAGAAUGCUGGGUUAGAUCAGCCUUCAGUCUGCUUCAGUUGGGCUUUCCUGAUGUUUAUGUUUGGAGCGUGAGCUGCCUACCUUGGGGGAUAGGAGGCAACAGGGAGAAGCGAGAAGCUGGGAGGUGUAACAAGCAACAGGCAGCCCUCCCGAAAGCAUGCGGCAGGAGGAUCGACGUGCUGCUUUUUUCUUCGUUAGGAUGAUCAGAAAGCAGUUCGCUUUGUGCAUGUGUAAAGGUCCAGGUUCAGUUCCUGGCAUCCUCAGUUGAAGGAGAAAUAAACAUAACCCCAAAAAUGAAUGCAGGGAACCAGUGACUCCAUCUGGCAGUUCAAGGUUAAGGGAGAGAGCUUUUCUUUCUCUUGAAUCACAGCAGCUGUUACCCUCUCUGAUCAUGCAGGCCAAAUAUAAGGUGGAAGAACGGAUAGUAAGUGGCAUCAUUGCUCAAUCCCCAUUCUGAUCAGAAGUCCUACUUGCAAUCAAUAAAUUUCAGAAACUGUUUAUGAAAAAAUUUGGCCUUUGGGGCUGGAGAUGAUGGGAGUUGUAGUUCAACAGCAGCUGCGGACCGAAGUUCAAGAACCUCUGAUUUACUAAAAUACUGCAGAUCAGGCUACUUUUAAAGGCCCAGGAGAGCCGGGGGUGGGGUGGGGAAUACUGGAAACCCUAUUAAAUGGUGGUGUGUCCCAAGUCUGAGUGGACCGCACCUUGCCAAUCCUCAUCAGCCCUGUGGACGCAAGACUCACCAGGUGGGUUCCAGGAGGGUCUCUGCCACCUCCCUGCACCCCUGCCUUUCCUCCUGGUUAACAUUUCCAUUCUUUCUGAGUGUUAUUAACAUGAAACAUUUUCCCUUUAAUCUUGGGCCAAAACACACACACACCUGCCCCACCCUGAAUAAACUCCUUUGUUACAAUUUUGCAUUUAUAGCCUCUGUAUUCUCCUAGUGUUUGAACAAGCUUUAAAGAAAGCCAACACAUUCAUCAGUUGCAAAAAAAAACCAGGUGUUCUGUGAACUUGCUGGCCGUUACUCUCCUUUUGAUUGCAACUUGACAAGGGUUUGGAUGUGUUAACGUGACCUAAAUGGCAGGGAAGCUGUAAUAAUGUGCAAAUAUAAUAAAGUAUGUCUUUUCAGGUGCUAUGCA